UUAACAUUCCUCUUCCCAUUUCGUAAGUAGUUUUUAUGAGUAACAAUCGACUCAUGAAAAUAAGCCAUAAGGUUAUUAAUAUAUAGCCAUAAUUAGGAUGCUCCGAAAUUAAAAAAAUUGUAAACAACAAAUAAAAAUUUGAAUAUUAUUGUUUUUUUUUUAAAUAAAUAUUCAAAAAUGGGUGACUGUGAUAAAUCUAACCUACCAGAGCAGAACAACAAACGAAGAUCUGAACUUUUUCAUAGACGAUCAAGCAUAAAACCAUCAGAAAACUGUAUUGAUGACAUAACGGAAGAUUGUAAUUCAUCGAAUGAGAAGAAACUUGAUUCACCAAAACUCUCUGAAGAACCUUUUGAUUUGAGUAAACAUAUACAAACAUUAAAGAAUGAGAAGGAAAUGUGGAAGAGAGAAUAUGAAGAAAGAAGAGCUAAAAGGAAGUUAUUGAAAAAGCAAGAAACAAGAACAAAAUGUGUAGCUAAUUUAGAAUUAUUACCAGAAAAUGAAAGAAAUUUUUUAUUAGCUCGGCCAGAUUAUGCUCAGCUUAGUCAAAAAAUAAAAAAAUUACAGCCUAUUGCAACCCAGAUUGCAUGUUUAAAUACUGAGAUAAAUCAUCGAAGUAAAACAUUAAUAGAUUAUAUGGAAGAAAAAAUUCGACUGACUGCCGAACGAAUAGCUAACGAAAAUGAAACAAAGGAAGUGCAAACAUAACUACAUAAACUAUUAAUAAUUCAAAUGAUGCUGUGCAACUUUUAUAAAUUUGUAUAUAAUAUAUUUAUGUAUUCAAAUUUUUCAGAAUCUGAAAUAUUGUUUAAUAAGGUAAAUAAA